AUGGAGAUUCUUCCCUCUCCUCUUCACUUCUUCAUUUUCAUCACUUUGCUUUCAACAGCAGCACUCAGCAAACCUGCUGUCACAAUAACUCUGUCUCAACCGGUGAGAGAUAAUGAGACUCUUGUGUCGGCGGGAGCAAAGUUCGAGCUCGGAUUCUUCACCCCUGGAAAUUCGUCCAACCGGUAUGUUGGGGUUUGGUUCUACAACAUCCCGGUAAAGACCAUUGUCUGGGUUGCAAAUAGAGACAAUCCAAUCAACGGCUCGUCAGGACUCCUGCAGAUUGGGAGAGGAGGGAAUCUAGUCAUCAUCGAUGGAACGGGAAGAGCCGUUUGGUCCACGAAGACUGUGAAUGUGGCUUCCAAUAACGUGGCUGCGCAGCUCCUGGACUCCGGUAAUCUGGUCCUGACAGAUGAAAGCCACAACGGUUCAGGGAAUUUCCUGUGGCAGAGUUUUGAUCAUCCUUCCAAUACGCUCCUCGCGGGUAUGAAGCUAAAAUGGGACCUGAGGAUCGGGUUGAAUGGCUACCUGACUUCCUGGAGGGAUUCGGACGAUCCUUCUACAGGAGACAUCACAUUCACGCUCGAACUCCAGGGACUACCACAGAAGUUCCUCCGCAGGAAUGCUUCAAUAAUUCAACGAAGCGGGCCAUGGAAUGGUAUUAAGUUCAGUGGAGUGCCCAUGAUCCCGAAUGCGAUCAUCUAUGACCAGGUCGUGACGACUGCUCAAGAAGUGUACAAUACCUUUCAACUCAUCAACGAGUCCACCAUGAUGAGGGUCUUGCUCAGCCACUCUGGCACGGUCCAAUGCUGUGUCUGGAAUGAUAACACGCAGUGGACCGUCAUAUAUGAGCUGCCGAAUGAUUCCUGCGAUGAGUAUGCGAAAUGCGGGCCUAAUGCUCUGUGCACAAUCGGUGACCUCCGGAUAUGCAGCUGCCUGACCGGGUACACCCCGAAGUCACCCCAGGAUUGGGCGAUGCUCGUUUGGUCCAGCGGGUGCGUUAAGAAGAAGCCCCUGAAUUGUCCUAAAGGAGAAGGGUUCAAGAAGCUGAAGGGCGUGAAGGUUCCUGAUAUGUUGAGUUACUGGGUGAACACAAACACGAGCCUCGAUGAAUGUAGAGCUAAGUGCCUGGAAAAUUGUACUUGCACCGCAUAUGCCAAUUCGGACAUUAGCGGCAAGGGAAGCGGAUGUAUCCUUUGGUUUGAAGAUCUUCUCGACAUCAGAAAGCUUGUCGAAUCAAGAAGCAAUCAGGAUGUUUUUAUCCGGGUCAUGGAAUCGGACCUAGGUAUGUUCGAAUUCAGGCAAAAAUCAGAGGUGCAAUCUGUGAGUGAAAACAACUUAGAGCUGCCUAUACUUGACUUGGAGGACAUUACUAAAGCGACUAAUAGCUUUUCCUCUCUGAAUAAAAUUGGAGAGGGCGGUUUUGGUCCAGUCUAUAAGGGUCUAAUGUCCGAUGGAGUUCAAAUAGCUGUCAAGAGGCUGUCGCGGAACUCGAGACAGGGCUUUGAUGAGUUCAAGAAUGAAGUCCUGUUGAUUGCGAGACUUCAACACCGAAAUCUUGUCAAGCUAUUGGGAUGCUGUAUUGAUGGAGAAGAAAGGAUGUUAGCAUAUGAAUAUAUGCCGAACGGAAGCCUUGACUCAAUAAUAUUUGGUAAUAGAGCAGGUAAUUCUCUUGUGUGGAGGCGGCGGUUCGAUAUCAUUGUUGGUGUUGCAAGGGGACUUUUAUAUUUACAUCGCGACUCAAGAUUGAGAAUAAUUCAUCGGGAUCUAAAAGCUAGCAAUGUGUUGCUGGAUAGUGAAAUGAACCCAAAGAUAUCAGAUUUUGGCAUGGCUAGGGCUUUCGGAGGAGAUCAAUUCCUGGAAAAGACGAGACGUGUAGUUGGGACUUAUGGGUACAUGUCUCCAGAGUAUGCAAUAGAUGGAAUUUUCUCGACUAAAUCGGAUGUUUUUAGCUUUGGAGUCCUAGUCCUGGAAAUAAUAAGCGGCAGGAGGAACAGAGAAUUUCAUCAUCAUGAUCACAAUCUCAACCUUCUUGGACAUGUCAGCUUACACUCUAAGUUUCUACUUCAUAUUCUGAUGCUUCUGGAAUAAAAUUGCCUAAAACUCCGCAACUU